AUGGAUCAUCCAUCUUCUACAGAUUCUUCGCUUCAGAUGACUUCCAACUUGAUCAAUGACGAUAAGAGAACCAGUGCCGAUAGUCUGCAUAAACUGGUGCCCAUGCUUUCCCUUUGCCCCCUUCAAUUUCAAAACCCGGACUGUAUUACAAACGACAAAGAAGACAAUAAUCCAGUGCUCAUGCCUCAGAUUGGUUUUGGGACCUACAAGUUCAAAAAGGAUUCAGGAGAAGCGGAAGAGGCGGUGUUACAAGCCUUGAGUGUGGGCUAUCGUCACAUUGAUACGGCCUUUGUAUAUGGCGGAGAAAAGACAGAAUUGGAGGUUGGGAGGGCCUUGCAACAAGCCAUGUCUGACAAGAAGUCAGACCAUGAUGCUUCAUCAUCAUCUAUCGGUGGCUUGAAGCGCUCGGACAUUUUUGUCACCACCAAGCAGUGGCGUGCCUACCAUGGAUACGAAAAGACCAAACAAUGCUUGGCCAAGUCAUUGAAACGUUUGCAAUUGGACUUUGUCGAUUUGUACUUGAUGCACUGGCCGGGACCCAAUCCUGCCGACGUCAGGGCCUCUGAAUCCGAGAUCAACAUGCCAGAGUUACGUGCUGAAACGUGGCGAGCAAUGGAGGACUUGUACUUGGAAGGCAAGUGUCGGGCCAUUGGAGUUUCCAACUGUUCCAUUGCCCAUUUGGAAUCCUUGAAACGAUACUGCAAAGGCAAAGGAGGUUGCCGCUUGUGGCCACCGGCAAUAAACCAAAUUGAAGUUCAUCCAUAUAAUCCUCAGACAGAAUUGAUUCAAUAUUGCCAAAAAGAAGGCAUCGCUGUCCAAGCCUAUGCGUCUUUGGGAGGUCAAGAUGCUGGUAAAAAGGCGUGGAAGGCACUGGGCGGCAAGCUAUUGGAACGGGAGGAAGUACAAAAGAUUGCUCAAAAGCAUUCGCUCACCAAUGCACAAGUAUUAUUACAAUGGGCAGUACUCCAAGGAUACGGCGUCAUUCCCAAGUCGUCCAAAAUGAAUCACAUGGUCCAGAACUUGGAAGCGGUGACAAUGACGACUUGCUUGGCGCCAGCAAGACAAGGAGAUGAAAAAGACGACAAGGAAACUGCAAAGGGACGACUUGAUGCUGCUGAUAUGGAACUACUGAAAUCUUUGGACUUGUCUCAAUCAAAAGAUGAAACGAUUCGAGACCGUGUGCGCUUAUGUUGGGUCAGAGACCCGCUGAAAAUGCUGGACUUUGAAUAG